AUGCCCUUCAUGUCGUCACAAAAGAUGUGUUUAGAGGCAAAUGUGUAUUUAGUGCACCAUGUUUUUCUUCCUCCGAAACUUCCUCAGGAGGACGAUUACGACCCCGAAUACGAACUCGUGCUGCUUGAGAAGUGCAUUGAAGCGCUCGAGCAGUUCAAAGGUUAUGUUUCGGGCCCAGAAGCAGACAGUAUUGCUGCUGCUGCACUUAUGAUUACUCGAUUGGCUCAAAUAUUUGGGCCACACGGUGACGUGGAUGAAAAGAAGUUCCGAAACGCUUUAGCACAGCUGUAUACCGAGGGUGGAAUUCUGCCAGUAUAUGUGAAAUGUCAGAAUGCUGCCGUCCUGAUGACGAGGGAUGACGAUGCAAUCCGCAUUGAGACUUUCGAGCUGUCUGCUCGCAACGAAGCGGUCAUGACAACAAUUGGCCGACUCAAGCGUCAGUUCCCGGGCCCGACGCUUUCGAUGGACCUGGAAACUUUCAAUGAGUCUGGGCUCCAGACCACCAUCGCACAGACAUUUGCUAAACUGAGUCACCAGCCAGUUGCGGGGACUCAUGCCAAAGUGAAGAAAGCCGGCCAGAUGCACGAUGAGGAUCGAGACACAACUCACCCGAGGAUGGUCACCGAGUUUGUAACUGCAUUCUUGCGUCCUUUGUGCACCAGUGUUGUCUGUUCUCAGAUGGAAAAAAAUACCCGGGAGGAAGUAAUGUGGCUCGACAGCCGGUCUCCCUGGAGAAGAUCCUCUCUGUGGCUACUGAUUCGAGUCGCACUUCAGCUUGUGCUGCAUCGCAGGGCAGUCCGUGAAGAGACAGCUGAUGACCUUUAUAAGCAGUUUAUGGUAUAUUUCAUGAGUAGGAUUGUCAGUGCGUCACCCAGUACCAUAUGCAGUGAGCAUCUCCAUACCAUGAUAUCCAAGAUAUCGCGGCGCCUAGUCAAACUUGGCACACCAGAUAAUCGAGGGUGGAUUGCUCAUGUCCGGGAAGCCCUCAAAUCUGCGAUCAAAAUUCUUGAGAAGAGAUGGCACAAGAUCAUAGCGCGAAAUGGCUGUCAUGGCCACACGCAGCACGUUGCAACAUUGGAUUUUGGCAGUGAUAUCUAUUAUACCCUUCCCGAGCUCGAUAACUACCUAGCGGAGAUUGAUCAACGACGUAUCGUGCAAGCAGUGAAUGAUUUCCUGCCACAGUCAAUCCUCGUGGAAUGUCCAAGCACAGAUCUUCCGCUCCAUUUGGACUUCACGGAUCCCGAAUACAAGGCCUACAAUCUAGCCGCCUUUGAACACUGGGUUGCUUGCAGCCUUGAAACUUGGCUAGAGACUCAUAUCAGUGACGAAGGUACAUGCAAUCGAGUGGGUACGCUCCUGAAGAACUACUAUGAGAUCGCUAUCACGCCCUAUGCUUCUAACCCAGAAGCAUUAUCGGUAAUGUUGCUAACCGUCUUGGAGCUGUGGAUUGCAUGCGACAAGUCGGCGACCCGAAUUCACCAAAUUCUCUGGGAUUACGAUGCCUGCAUUCCAGUGGAACUGUUCGAGUCACUUCUACUGCCGUUUCGAUCUCAAAUGGCAAGACUUGAUCGUGCCGAGUCUUACCUGCGGCUGCGCAAGCAGCGCACGAUCCAUUUUGGGCCAGGCGUAUUUCAAGAUUAUGGAACACCAGCUUGUUUCGCUGUCAGGUAUUUCGACCAGUCUGAGACCCAUCAGAGACUGCUCAGCGAGAUCGAGGAGUCCGCUUGGCAGGAGAGAGAAGACAAGAAGGCUGAACUUCGUCGAAAGCGUCAACAAUGUGCAGAUUUGUACGCCUUGUGUGAUACCAUGGAUUGCACUUACGAAGAAGUCAUCGUUGACAGGCGCUUCAACUUCCGGGAGACUCGACAUAGUGGCUCCUGCCAACGAUGCGCGUAUCAGCGCCAAGCGGACUCGAUGAAGGUGAGCGUCCACGAAUGGCCACUUCCCAGUAAUCGUUUGCAAGCAAAGUCCACGGUGUUCGAGCUGAACGUACCUCGCCCCUUUGGAUGUUGGCGGGAUAUCACCAUGUUCUUUCUCGUUGAUGUCCUGCACAUUCAAUAUAUCUCCAGAGACGAACCGAGGGCCGAACACACGCUCCAGAAUUACGGCGGCCUGUCGCCUUUUUAUACUGCUGUUCAAGGCGUCGGGCGAGUCGGCCUUCUAUCACAGAAUAAACCGCACGAACGGACACAUCGGCUGAAAAAGAAAAUCAUCAACGUGACAGAAGAUGACGUCUGCGUCAACAACGGCCUGCUUCUCCGGUAUUUCGAUUUCUCGAUGCGGACGUUCGUCGGGGGCUUUAAGAUGUCGGACGAAAUUGCAAACUUAUGCAUGUAUAAGUUACCAAAAAGAAGUACGGACCUACAGCAGUUUCUAUUUCGGCCAUUGGGCAAUCCAGAUGGGCCAUCGCCCAAUACAGUUAUCGCAUCGCAGGAUUGCUGCCCGGUGGGGAUGUCGCUUGAGGAGUACAGAUCCCUGUGUACCAUGCCACUCGGAGUCGAGAUCCAGUGGCAAAAUAUCCUUCGCCAGCUGGCCAUGCCGUCGAUCGAUCUCAAGAAGGCAGAGACUUGCAUCUUUAUCCUGCAGAUCAUCAACCAAGCUGGCCCGUCAACCGCGAGCCGGGUUACGAGGACGGCACAUGACAUCUUAAACGACACCGCGUUUACGACCGCGCUGUUAGGACGAGUUUACGACAUCGCGGCGAGACUAGAGGAGAAUUGGGAAAUGGCACAAGGGCUCAGCGCUCUGAGUGCCUUGGUACUCAGAAUUUUGGCUCUAUCGCCCUCCGCAGACGUGCGGGAGAUAUGCCUCACUACGCUUCAGCAUCUCCGCAAAGUCGCCUUUGCCUGGGUCAAGAUCGUUACCGAGAAAGCCAGCUCUACGACUGACGACAGACGCAGAAGCGACCUGCUGAUGCGGAGCGGUCAACUAGCGUUAAUAUGCGCCACAACGUUCGAUGCCGAAGACAUCGUCUUGGUUCGAAUGCUGGAGAAUCCAUCCGAUACUGCAGUUUUACUUCAAUGUUGUAUGCUCAUAAACGACACACGGCGUUUCCUGUGCGAGGGAUCCGGCUCCUCCCCUUUAAUCCCGAUCCUUUUUCGUCGCUGGCAAGUCCUGUGUUAUCGCUGUUUGCCGGUCCUGAGGCAAAAUAUCCUCCAGCGCGCGGACUCGUCGCUGGAUAUCGCUAUCGGACAGAUAUGGGUGACGUAUCGCGCUGGGUCCUCUUGGAAGGCAUCCCCAGAGGCGCCAAUCUGUUGGCUUGUCACUAGUCUCCCAAGCCAGUCCGAGCAUGGGGUCGAUCUGCCCGUUCAUUAUAACCUGCUAACUGGGGAUCUUCUCGUCAACGGCCUUCCCUUGGCUCGACUGCCCUCGGAAUAUGAGAGACAUGACACCUACAGAACCCUUUUCGGACAAUCCUCACUGGAGGUGAUGCCGAGUGUGAUCCCGGGGAUGGAUUUCACCUGUCGAAAGAAAUACAUGGGACACACUGUGAGCUUCUCGAGGAGAAAGGUGACGGGCUGUGAGGACUUUGAUUUGUGCAUUCAAGCGACAGAAGCGGGCUGCACCUGGGAAUUUAUACCUCCCAGACUUCUGAUGGGUUCCUUCCCUGACGCUUUUCUGACGGGCUGCGUGCACUGGUACAACGUUCACAAUGACUAUGUGGAAUUCCGGCCCAUAGACAAGCCUUGGAUAUCAUCCACUUCCAAUUGGAGGCUUCGGAAGACCAGCGCGCACGACCCCUGGCGGCUAGCCAAGGACACUUUAUUCUUGGUCAGCGUGAAAAGUCGAACCGCAGAAGUGAUUGCCGCCAUCUUGCAGCCGAUCGAAAAGCCGUCCCAAUUGCACUGCACUUUCGAUUCCACCACUUCCAGUCUAGGAAUCGAACUUCCCCGUCUUCGGCUACGGUUUACACUCCAACGGCGGAGUUCCGCAAUCCGGUCGCGAGAGUAUCAGGGCAUGUUCAUUGACCCUGACCAGUCACUGGAUGCGUUGGUCGGCCUGCGCAACAGGCUCAUCCUGCGUCAUGAAAGCGGCGGGGAUCGAGUGGUCCUAAUACCGGAAGGACGCGUUACCUGGUUUAAAGAUCACGGCCACAUUGCCGUGGAGAUCGGCUGGCAGGCGAGAAGUACCCUCCACCCUUAUACAGUGGACGAUCAGCUCGGCCGCCUGACCGACAAUGGUAGCUUGCACAGUAGAUCACUUCUGUGCUAUUUACAUGCCCUAACGUCAUACUGCCUUCCAGACCCGCUUACUGGGAGAACAGGGACCGAGCAGGCUCUCACCAUCCUUCGGUCCGCAUCAAUGCGCUCAUUCGACCGGCUUCACCCGAAAGCAAGUAUAAUUCUCGCCAAAAUUGCAGAGCUGACACCGGAGAGGCAUUAUUAUCCAUCCAAUGAGCGAGUUAUGCAGACCGUUCGCUGGGACAAGCACCUCGGGUUCCUCGCCCAGCAUGAUAGUUUCUACCGAGAGGUCACGGCAAUUUUUGAUCACGACAACCGGAUGAAGAUGUUUCAUCCGAAUGAGCAGGUGAACCAACCCCCGUUGCCUCAUAUAGUUCCCGAUUUGCUGAGACGGAACGAAAUUCGGUCGUCCUCUUUUCGUGUUGCUGGCUUUGGGGCGGAGGCUCACACGGUUGAAUAUGACCGGCCCUACAAAGGUCUUGAUCAGAAUCGUCACUCGGCCAGAUUCUACCGUGCCUACCGCCUGUGCAAAAUCCUCUAUGAGGGGAUCCCCUCAGCCCUGGAGACCUCACAUGUGGACUUGCUUUCAGAACUCUGGCAGUUUCUCUCUCAAACCCACGUUGUCCACGCAGCCAGUUCCCCAGUCGACAGUAGCAGGAUACAGUACGAUGCAGGAUGGAUACUGGAGCCGAUGACCUUUGUAGCUAGUCACUGGUGUAGCCUUCAUCAACUGCUCUGCUCAAGGGACACUGGCAUGAGUAAGUUCCAAGUCAUGGUAUGGUUGGCAACCUUGGCAUUCUCCGAGAGCUCCAAUAUGGUCGUCCUUGAAGUUCUUGCUUCACUCUACGUGAUCCCAGAGAUGGCGAACCCCACGCCAGCUUCUCGCGGACAGUUUCAGCUUUGGCACGGAUAUGAGGUGAAUGAGGCAAUGUUGGGCUCUCGGAUCCAUCAGUCAGCUGCUCUCUCGCACACCCCAGAAUCCAAUCUACAUCCCCGACACAAUGAGAAUAUGCGGGUGUUCAGAUCCCGAAAGAAAAGAAUCGCAAAAAUGAACCGGACAUUGGCUCUUCAGACAUUCAUACGGGGCUUAAAAGCGCGAUGGCCGAUCCGAUCUCCUGCAACACCCCCCGAGGAAGCGGGCCCAAGGUUUGGAGACUACUACGCAACACCCGAAGCCAUGACUCAGGCUGGUCAGCUUUUUCAAAUAUGGUUUGAUAAUCUCGAGUUUCGAGAAUAUCUCUCAGAUCUCUCGUCUCUCUUCGUCAGCCAAACAGUCCAUCAUGUCCAGAUGCCCCCUGUCUGCCUCCCAGGUGAAGUGAAACAGACAACCACACGCCGGGGAUACAUCUGCAUAGACGACCUGCUUGGUUUUGAGCCAAUGCUGGACAUGGAGCGUCCACGCUUAAGUAGUCUCCUGAGUAGCCACCCCGAGUGUGAGGACCCAGCACCUCGCCUCAUGGCCCUUGUCGAUUCUUUAGAACGACAGUCAAAGUCCCAAUAUGAGCGCCGAUAUGUCGAGCAUCUCCGGGGCAGUAUUGGUUCCCUACAGCAGAAGAAAAGAAGGGAUUAUAUUACAAUGAACUCUAGCCAACUGGAGGCAGCUCUUCUCGACUACCUUCAUCAUUGUGAAACGUACUGUGAGCGCCUGUACGACGCCAUGAGGAUGCGUUUGACGCAUUUUGACGGAACGCUUGAUAGCACCCAAAAUAGUCUACCGUUGGAAACGUUGGCCGGCAUCGGUAAUUGGCCGAGAAUCUCACCAUAUCUUCUGGUUGAGCAACUGACGCACCAACGAUGGUAUCUUCUGCCCGAGCGAUGGAAAGCCAGCAUCGUCGAGUAUGGGUGUGCAAUCACAGCACUUCAGCGAGCAAGACGGUUAACCACCCUAGUUCGUUCCCCUGACGAUUUGAUUCGGGAACUCCAGAACCCGGGCCAUACCAACUGGGAUCCGUACCAGUACCCCGAGUCCCUGCUGUUGGAAAUUGAAAAUAGCAUGUUGAUAAGAGAGGUCCAGGAACAGAUUGCUCGGAGAAUGAGAGACAUCAGUCCCGGCACGAACGCAGUCAUGCAGCUGAAUAUGGGGGAGGGAAAAUCAUCGGUGAUUGUGCCGAUGGUGGUUGCCCACCUUGCAGACGGAUCACGUCUGGUGCGCGUAGUCGUUGCGAAACCCCAAUCCCGACAGAUGCUGCAGAUGCUGGUCUCAAAAUUAGGGGGAUUGUUGGGUCGACCAGUCUACCUUCUGCCAGUCUCGCGCUCCCUGAGGUUAACGGUGGCGGACACCGAUGCCAUAUUCCACCUGUGCCAGAAAUGCAUGGAGGAGGGAGGCGUUCUGCUAGUCCAACCCGAGCACCUAUUAUCGUUGAAACUGAUGUGCCUCGAGAGCUUCGUCACGGGGAGAGGGGCAGUUGGGGGUUCCCUGCUUCAGACUCUCGAGUUUUUCACCCAGUACGCACAGGAUGUGGUCGAUGAGAGUGACGAGAACUUCAGCGCCAAGUUCGAGCUCAUCUAUACCAUGGGGACUCAGCGCCAGUUGGAGCUCACCCCGCAAAGAUGGGUGAUCGUGCAGGAGCUGCUCAAUAUCAUGAGGAUGAUAGCGCCGAGUGUCAAGAAGGACUAUCCCAGGUCACUAGAGGUGGAAGAGUGUUCGGUGGGGGGCUUUCCUCGGAUAAGACUGCUGCAAAAAGACGCGGAGCUAGAACUGUUGCAACGGGUCGCUACGCACAUAUGCGAACACGGCAUUGAUUCUCUGCCGAUUUCUCGACAGUCAAAAACAGCGAGACAGGCUGUACGUGCGUACAUUCUGAAGCAGGAGUUAAGCUCGGAAGAGAUCUCGUCCGUCGAGGACACAGGCCCAGCAGGGUUCUGGACCGAAACAACAAAGAAUCCGCUACUUCUGUUACGCGGCCUUUUUGCCGGAGGAAUCCUAUCCUUUUGUUUCGGCCAGAAACGAUGGCGGGUGAACUAUGGGCCUGAUCACUCACGAAAUCCCCCAACGAGACUUUCAGUCCCUUAUCGAGCCAAGGACUGCCCGGCGCCCCGGUCUGAAUUCAGCCACCCCGACGUGGUCAACCUGCUGACAUGUCUGAAUUACUACUAUGCCGGCCUCAGCGAUGAGGAGCUGUUUCUGGCCUUGGAUCAUCUUGUCAAGUCCGAUCAAGCCGAGAUCGAGUACCAGGCAUGGGUGGUCGAUUGUCCGUCCCUCCCGGACACUUACCGUCAAUUGGGCGGGGUCAACCUUGAAGAUCGACAGCACUGCGUGAAACAGAUAUUCCCCUGGUUUCGCUCUGCGAAAGGUGCAAUUGAUUAUUUUCUGGCCCACGUUGUUUUUCCAAGGGAAUUGCGAGAGUUUCCAGACAAGCUCUCUGCAUCGGGAUGGGAUAUCGGUGAACUCAGAACCCAGCCAACAGUUGGAUUCAGCGGAACGAACGAUUCGCGGCAGACCCUUCCCCUGAGCGUAGAGCAGUUGGAUCUCCCGGAGCAAAAUCAUACGAACGCGUUGGUUCUGGAUUACCUUUUGAGGCCCGAGAACUCGGUAGCGCUCUCUCCCGCACGGCCGCAAGCCUCGACGUUGGACGCCAAGGGGUUGCUGGACAUGGUUAUGGGAUUAGAGCCACCAGUCCAGGUGAUCCUCGAUGUCGGCGCGCAGAUACUGGAACUCAGCAGUUUGGAGGUUGCAGAGUACUGGUUAAAUCUGAUACCAGACAACACUCAGACUCAGGCGGUGAUUUUCGUCAAUGAGAAUGAUGAGAUAUGUGUUCUUGACCGGAACAGACGGGUAGAGCUGCUGCAGGUCUCGCCCUUUGGAAAGCAGCUUGGUGCAUGUUUGGUCUUCCUUGAUGAGGCGCACACGAGAGGGAUUGACUUGAAGCUGCCCGCGACGUAUCGAGCAGCUGUUACUUUAGGCGCAGGCAUUACGAAGGACAAAUUGGUCCAAGGUAAGACGGCUGGAAACCGAGGGAUGAAUCGGAAUGCAAAGCUAACGGCGCAUUCAGCGUGCAUGAGAAUGAGGAAGCUAGGGAAAGGCCAGUCCGUUGUUUUCUGCAUUCCAGAUGAGAUCAGGUUCAAGAUCCUGGCCCUCCCCCAUAAGUGCAGCCGGUCAGAUAUUGAUGUCGCCGACGUUCUCUGCUGGGCGGUGUCGGAGACCUGGGUUGAUAUACGGCGAAGUAUGCCCCUGUGGGCGGCACAGGGUAAACGAUAUAUACAACAAUGCAGACUAUGGGAGGCCGCUAGCCAAGACGGUAAAGUGCAGCUUUCAUUUAGCAGGGCUUCCGAAUUUCUCGAACCAGAAUCUCAGUCUCUAGAUGAUCGGUAUCGGCCACGUCGCGGGGAGGCGACGGUAUUGCACCAUCAGUCUGAUGAAAGUACGCCAAUGUGUCUUAUUUCUGAACGAUGCCGGGACUUUGAUGGCUUGAGUUUCGGGACAGCACAGCUACAAGAAGAACAAGAGCGCGAGCUUGCCCCGGAAAUCGAACAGGAACGCCAAAUUGAGCGGCCUCCUCCAGCCGAGCCUAAGCAACAUUGUCUUCAUGCGGACCUCCUUACGUUCGUGUCGACCGGCAUACUCAAGGAGCACUCCAGCGCUGUCCGGCCUGCCUUUGAGGCCCUCAGGAAUACGUCGGCCGCCCGUUAUCUAGACGUGUCUCAGUUUCCCCCGGGAUUACGAGUUACAACCGACUUUGCCACUACCAUUCAAUUCCGGGAGGGGUCUUCUAGCUUGUCUGAUGCAUACCAGCGCCCUGUCCAAUGGGUCUUAACCCACUCUAUCUACGAUUCUACCUCCGGAAAACGAAAUGCAAGUCACGUCAUAAUUAUAAGCCCCUACGAGGCCAUGCAUCUGCUGCCAGAAGUCCGACGAUCGACAGGGGCCACGAUUCAUCUGUACGCGCCACGUCAGCACCUGAGCUUCGUGCCUCUCGAUCGGUUGGACCUGUACAAUAUUCCUAGCCGUGCUGACCCUAUUGAUAUACCAGACGACCUGAAGAUACAGUUGAAUCUGUUCGCGGGUCAGUUGUAUAUUGCCUCGUACGAUGAGUACCUCAGACUGUGUGACACUCUUGGGGUCGCCUCUGCUGCAACGCCAGAUAAUCUCAGUGUAGCCGCUGACGGGUUCAUUCUACGGGGCAAUGUGACUGGAAAGUCGACCUUCAGUCAGAGCCCCCUUAAAUUCUUGCAAGUCCUCCUGUCACAAAUCAGGAAAGACGGCCAAGAUAUCAGCAAGACUCACAUUGGCAAACUUUUGGACGGCCGACUUCUCGAAGCACGCAACUUUGAUUCCGCAAUCGAAGAGCUUACGCUCGCGAGGUUGAGUAUUCGAAGCCAUCCGGAGUAA